UGUGGGGCCCCAACCACCUCAAGAAUAGCGAGCUUGAACCCUGGAGACAACUCUCGGACACGAAUGCCGACAAAGCACUAGCUACUCUUUCGAAACUUUCGUCAGCCAAUUCAGGCGGCUUAGAUUCUCCUUUCAAUCGGAUCAAGACUUACAUACAGGCCGUACCCAUAGAACAACGGGACCCGGAUAUCCAAGCCUUUUGGUCUGAAGCGACUGCUUUACCUCAUGUCCACUGCCAGGGCGACGACGGCAUACUAAAAUCCAAUAUGGAAUCCUCAGGCCCAACCAGUCUUGCCUUGCUGCACUAUUCCCUAGCAGGCGGUUUUUCUUCUCCGCGUAUAACGCGUGUACUGGAGUUAACAUCCUAUCUCAUACCGCGCAUGAGCGAAUCUACAGGAUGUCCCCUGUCAUCUUCUGCCGAAAGCCGAGAACGUUCCGACAAGGCAACGUAUGAGAGAUUGUUAGAGACGGCACAGUGGGUCCUGGAUUGCAUGGAUGGGCUAGAGGCUAUUUUGCCUCCUACAGGCCCAGGUGAUCCAGGAGGUCGUGGAUGGGAGGCAACCGUUCAGGUACGACUCCUGCAUGCCCAGAUGAGAGCCCAAGUGCUUGGAAGAGCCAAGGUCUACGCAACUAAAGGCGAUAAUGACACGGCUUACAGCGUGACAGUAGAUGGGGUGCCACUCAAUCAGGAGGAUAUGGCGGCAACUCUCGGGGCAUUCAGUGUCGCGCCGAUCUGGUCGCUGGAGCGCAUGGGGUUCCAUUUGUCCGCGCGGGAGAAGGAGGCAUAUCUGUUCCUCUGGCGAUACCUUGGCUAUUACCUUGGUAUUCGAAAUUUAAUUCUCGACCGCCAUUUCAGUUCAUGGGCGCGGGCUGAAGCGUUCCUCCUGUCGAGCGUACUGCAUCUCUUCGCGUUUAGAAAAACUCCAGAACAGUUGGCACGCCUACCAACGAUUCCCGUUCUGCGUGCGGUGUCAGGACGACCUCCGUUCCGCUCGUCAUUGCGAUACAACCUUGCCAUAUCUAGAUCACUUCUCGGCGAUGAGUUCGCAUCCGACCUCGGUAUACCUUCAACGACAUUUUACUCGUGGAUGCAGGUGCAGCUGAGUUUCGUAACCAUGCGCGUACCGGUCCUGUUCGGGCAGUUCUAUCCCCGGAAGCGGUGGGAGUGGAAGAGACGCGAGGUGAUUCGCCGGGCAUUGCCUCGCGUAGUGAUUUGGGGACUCGGUGGGCGGCGGACGAACUUUGUCGUGGGCAAAGACAAGUGGUGCACUGUGGACAUGAAGAGCGAUAGAUGGGUGCGGGAUGGCCAGGAAAUCAUGAGGAUGUGGAAAGAGAUAUGGAGGGAGCUAAGCCUCGUUGUCGCGGGUUGCAUUUGUGUUGGCACGAUUGUAGGUUAUGGAGUAUGGGCAUCACUUUCUUAGGCGCCUCAUUCAUUUUCAUGGGACGAAGCCGUCUCGCAUUACGUAGAUUAAUAUUCAUGUGGAUAGAAAGUCG